UUGUAUUUUUUAACGGACGACAUCGGUCGUUGCUACCAUCUUGAAUCUAUAUAAUUUCAAGUCACAACUUGUUUUGGAAUCUUGAUAGUUGAUUCCAACGUUUUGAACGUUUCGUCGGUUAUCCAAAAAUAAAUCUAUUUCGACGGACAAUAAUUAAUAAUUAUAGAUAUUAGACCAUAAUAUAUUUCAAUAAAUAAUAAGUUUGUUGUAAAAUGUCAAUUUUCUCCGGGCUCGAUUAAACGAUUGAAAAAAACACGUUUUUAUUCAAUUUUUUUGUUUAUCCUCAAUUUACAUCAGAUCAUUGUCCAUUUAUUUGUAGUUGACGUCCCUAGUUCCUUUCCAGAACGAUCCUAUUUUGAAUUAUUUGAAUCAUUCACUUAUAUGCCUACACAUAUCUUGCAAAAAUUGUAAUUAUAUCCUAGUACACCAUCGUGAUUUUUAUCUUGUUAUUCACAUCAAAAAGUAACAGUUUUAUUUUUGACGGAUUUCUACAUUCAUUGAAGAAUGUCUCAAUUCACUUUUGUCAAUGAUAUUAAAAGUGCCAUAAGAAUGGAUGAGCCGAUCACCAGUGGUCCAGCUCCACGAUGGAUGAAGAAAAACACGGAAUCAAGUUUUUCAAAUACGUCAAGAAAAACUAAUGAUUUAAUGUCUGUUAAGAAGACUCCAUCAAAAACACCUAAUAAAUCAAAAUCACCAGCUUCAAGAUCAGCAACAAACACACCAGCUAAACCUAAAACACCUGGUGGUGACAGAUUCAUUCCUUCUCGAAUGUCUACAAAUUUUGACAUAAGUAAUUUUAAAAUGAACCAAGAAAAUGAAAACCUUGACUUAAGUCCGACUCAAUCAGACUAUAGAAAAGCUAUGUCAGAGAAUCUCCAUGGUUGUGAUAUAAAUAAUGUUCGUGUUCUAUCCUAUCAGAACAAAGCUCCAGCUCCUCCAGAUGGUUAUCAAAAUGCUUUAAAAGUAGUUUAUAGUCAAUCCAAGACUCCAAUGAAUAUACGAGGAGCAACUCGUUAUAUACCACAUGCACCGGACCGUAUUUUAGAUGCUCCUGAAAUUGUUGAUGAUUAUUACCUAAAUUUAAUUGACUGGAGUUUUUCCAACAUAUUGGCUGUUGCCUUAGGCACAAGUGUAUAUCUUUGGAACGCUGACACAGGAGACAUUGAUCAACUGUUAGAUUUAGAAGGUGCAGACUAUGUUACUUCUCUAAAUUGGGUACCCAAUGGAAAUCUUUUAAGUGUUGGAACUGCUUUAGGACCUGUACAAUUAUGGGAUGCAUCACAGACAAAACGUCUGCGUAUAAUGAAUAGUCACAGUUCAAGAGUGGGUGCUAUGUCUUGGAACAGUCAUAUACUAACUACAGGUUGCAGAAAUGGAGAACUUGUUCACAACGAUGUCAGACAGAGAGAACACAUUGUUAGUACAAUUCAAUCCCACACUCAAGAAGUUUGUGGUCUUAAAUGGUCAACUGAUGGCCGUUAUUUAGCCAGUGGAGGCAAUGAUAACUUGCUUAAUGUGUACAGUGGCUUACCAGGCCAAACAACUUAUCAAUCUGAACCAAUAUACAGUUUCAGUCAACAUCAAGCUGCCGUUAAAGCAUUGGACUGGUGUCCAUGGCAAACCAAUGUAUUAGCCAGUGGCGGUGGCACAGCUGACCGAACUAUCAGAUUUUGGAAUUGCAAUAAUGGCCAAUGUAUCAAUUCGGUCAAUGCCAACUCACAGGUAUGCGCUAUUCUGUGGUCAAAAACGUACAGAGAAUUGGUAUCGGCACAUGGUUUUGCAAACAACCAACUUACAAUUUGGAAAUAUCCUUCACUAUCCAAGGUUGCUGAACUCACUGGACAUACAAAUCGUAUUCUGAAUUUGGCCAUGUCACCAGAUGGUUCAACAGUACUCUCAGCUGGUGCAGAUGAGACCCUGCGAAUGUGGAAAUGCUUUUUGCCAGAUCCAAACAAAAAGAAAGAACAGAAACAUUCUUUUAGACCCACUAUAUUGGGUCCAGGCCUAAGAUAAAUAUUUUGUUUUAUUCUUUCAUCUUUGUUAAUUAUAUUUAUGUACAAUAUUUCUGUCAAAUUUUUUACUCACGCAAUUUAAACUUUUAAUUUU